UUUCCCCAGUGCCCGCCGCCGCCGCCGCCGCCGCUGCUGCUGCCGCCUCUGCCCGCCGCGCGGACCGAGGGAGCGCGGUCGCCGCCGCCUGCCUGCCCGGGUGCCCGCGUGCCUGGGCAGCGGUGGGCCAGGAUGUCGGGUUUCCUGGAGGAGCUGCUGGGAGAGAAGCUGGUGACGGGCGGCGGCGAGGAGGUGGACGUGCACUCGUUGGCUGCCCGCGGCAUCUCGCUGCUCGGGCUCUACUUCGGCUGUAGCCUGAGCGCCCCCUGCGCGCAGCUCAGCGCCAGCCUGGCCGCCUUCUACGGCCGCCUGCGGGGGGACGCGGCGGCCGGGCCAGGGGCUGGGGCCGGCCCGGGGCCGGGGGCCGGGGCGGCGGCGGAACCCGAGUCGCGGCGCCGCCUGGAGAUUGUCUUCGUGUCCUCGGACCAGGACCAGCGGCAGUGGCAGGACUUCGUGCGGGACAUGCCGUGGUUGGCGCUGCCCUACAAGGAGAAGCACAGGAAGCUUAAACUUUGGAACAAAUAUCGAAUUUCCAACAUUCCAUCACUAAUAUUCUUAGACGCCACCACCGGGAAGGUCGUGUGCAGGAAUGGGCUGCUGGUGAUCCGCGAUGACCCAGAGGGUUUGGAAUUCCCUUGGGGGCCUAAACCCUUCAGGGAAGUCAUUGCAGGGCCCUUGCUUAGAAAUAAUGGGCAGUCCCUGGAGAGCAGCAGCCUGGAGGGGUCUCACGUGGGAGUCUAUUUCUCUGCACACUGGUGUCCACCCUGCCGAAGCCUCACCCGGGUCCUGGUGGAAUCCUACCGGAAGAUCAAGGAGGCAGGCCAGAAAUUCGAGAUCAUCUUUGUUAGUGCAGACAGGUCAGAGGACUCAUUCAAACAGUACUUCAGUGAGAUGCCGUGGCUCGCAGUUCCCUACACCGACGAGGCCCGGCGGUCGCGCCUCAACCGGCUGUAUGGAAUCCAAGGCAUCCCCACCCUCAUUGUGCUGGACCCACAGGGGGAGGUGAUCACGCGGCAGGGGCGGGUGGAGGUGCUGAACGACGAGGACUGCAGGGGCUUCCCGUGGCACCCCAAGCCCGUGCUGGAGCUCUCCGACUCCAACGCCGUGCAGCUCAACGAGGGCCCCUGCCUCGUCCUUUUUGUAGAUUCUGAGGAUGACGGGGAGUCCGAGGCGGCCAAGCAGCUGAUCCAGCCCAUAGCUGAGAAGAUCAUCGCCAAGUACAAAGCCAAAGAGGAGGAGGCGCCGCUUCUGUUCUUUGUGGCGGGGGAGGAUGACAUGACCGACUCCCUGCGAGAUUACACCAACCUGCCCGAGGCUGCCCCUUUGCUCACCAUUCUGGACAUGUCAGCCCGGGCCAAGUACGUGAUGGACGUGGAGGAGAUCACCCCUGCCAUUGUGGAGGCCUUUGUGAAUGACUUCCUAGCAGAAAAGCUCAAACCAGAGCCCAUCUAGUCGGGCUCCCGCUUCCCGGGAUGUUAUUUAAAACGCAUUCUUCUCCUCCCCCUCCCCUGCCCUUCCCUCCACCCUUGGACUUUUCCAGGGUGUCCCGAAUCACACAACCCAAGUGUCCAACCUCUCUGUGGUGCCUUGUUUUCUGCAUUAACUCCUCAGCUAGCACCCUAGGGUGCGCAUCCUCUCCAGCAGCAGAAGAACCUCCGUGUUUGGAGACUCUGCUUGGGAUUCGCGGGGCUGGCAUAACCCAGCCCGAACUGGGACUGCAGCGUUCUCUUGGUCCCUAGCUCUUGGUGAGGUAUUUGCCAGGGUGUUCUUCUGUCAAGUGGGCACCAAGGGACAGAGCAUCGGUGCUCUGGCUCUGCCUUAGGUGCCGGCACGUACGUGCAGAGCCCGAGGGUUCAGAGGCGCACGCGUGGCAGGUGGAACAGGGAGAGGGCGGCAGCCGCGGAGGCCCCGUGCAGAGCUGCUGGCGAGGACGUCCUUUCCUAAUUGACUUGGUCUGCCUUGGUCUGAGGGAAAAACACCAGCUUGUCAGCCGGUUCUCGGGCAGGGGCUCUCCAGCCCUCAAAGGAAGUUUGUGCUCUUUUCUGGUGAGGAAGAGAGUAGCUACGGUAAUGAUUCACGUACUAAUUGCUUACUUUGACGGAGCGCCUCCCAUGUGAUAAGAAGGAGCUGCUCAUUCCUUCCUUCUAGCUCUUUCUUCCUUGAUCUUGACCUUCUCCCAGUUUCUACCUUCUCAGAUGAACAGCCCCUACAAUCUUGGAAUGUUGUUACUAAGUUCUCCCCCUUGGACAUCUUCCCAAGAAGACGCGGUGGUCCUGUGUUCCCGGAGGAGCACCGCUCACCAGCUCAGACCUGACUCAGCCCGGCUCUGGGCCUGGGGCCGCUGGAGCUCUGCUGAGGUGCCCUUGCCCACCCUUGGUCACCCCUGCAUUCCCUUUUCUUCUCAAAGCAGAACUUAAAAGAGACAACAAAAUUACCAGAAGCCCAGCUUUUUCCUAAGAACCUACAGAAAGGGCUGUGCCCUGAGGUGGGAGUGCAGGCCAAAGACAGGUCAGCUAAGAGUAGGCCCUGGGUCCGCUCUGCCGGGCCCAGCUCAGCUCCUUGUUUGGGCUGAACUGACCACAGAAAGGAAGCUAACAGCUGUGCUCUUAGGAUUUGGGAUGGAAGGCUUUGCCUAGGGCCUCACAGGGUUUCAGCCUAUCUCAGUCAGAAGUCAGGGCCUUUAAAAGAAUCUCAGGCCUCACCCCUGGCUCCACUCACAGCCAAUCAAGACCAUUUAUUUGGAAAACCCAGCCCCCUCCAAUUAGCUGUUGACAUGUUGCUCCUUGCUGAGUGGGAUUGUUGAUUUGUAGUUCAGAGGUACAAAUUUAGUUGGUAAUUAGACUGUCACUGUUACCAGCCUGAAAUGCAGUCACCUAGUAAGAAAUAAAACAGGCAUCUCUGGACGUUAUCAACCA